AACUCCUCCUUCACCAGCCUCGUGUCCUCUUACCGGACCCCGGUGUACGAGCCCACGCCGAUCCACCCCGCCUUCUCUCACCACUCCGCCGCCGCGCUGGCCGCCGCCUACGGACCCGGCGGCUUCGGGGGCCCUCUGUACCCCUUUCCGCGGACGGUGAACGACUACACGCACGCUCUACUCCGCCACGACCCUCUGGGCAAACCCCUGCUCUGGAGUCCGUUCUUACAGAGGCCUCUGCAUAAAAGGAAAGGCGGCCAGGUGAGGUUUUCGAACGACCAGACUAUCGAGCUGGAGAAGAAGUUUGAGACCCAGAAAUACCUCUCCCCACCAGAGAGGAAGCGUCUGGCCAAGAUGCUACAGCUUAGCGAGAGACAGGUCAAAACUUGGUUUCAGAAUCGUCGCGCUAAAUGGCGAAGACUAAAACAGGAGAACCCUCAAAGCAAUAAAAAGGAAGAACUGGAAAGUUUGGAUGAUCCCUGUGACCAGAGGCAAGACUUGUCCAGUGAACAGAAUAAAGGUGCUUUGGAUAAUUCUCAAUGUUCGCCUUCCCCUGCCUCUCAGGAAGAUCUUGAAUCAGAGAUUUCAGAGGAUUCUGAUCAGGAAGUGGACAUUGAGGGUGAUAAAGGCUUUUUUAAUGCUGGAUGAUGACCACUGACAUUGGUGUGGUCAGAAAACUGGAUUUGGGAAUAAUAUUUGCAAUGGAAAAUCUCCAUAGGUGAACUGGAAAACUAUAUGAGAAAGGGAAUCAGUUGUCUGGUAUUUGAAACUUAAUGUAUUUGGUGCACUGGCUAAAUAACAAGUUCACAUUGGAACCUUAAUUUCGAUUUUAAGAAAUAGUUAAUGUGUUGAUUUUAGAUUGUACAUUAAAUGGACUCUUCACUGAUUAAAUUCAUCCCCUUUUUAAAAAAGUAAUUUUUUUCUAUUUAUAAAAAGUAAUUUUGAACUUUUUUGUUAAAUUUUUAAGUUAUAACUUUAAUAUUUUAAUAGGAUUGUCUUGAAUAAUUUUUCUGUAAUCUAUCUUCAUCACUUAAUGGAAAAGCAGAGGGCACCCCAAAUCCAGAGGUGCUCCUUGAAAAGGAGGUCUACAUUUCAGGCAGCCUUGGAAUAUUUUAGUAUAUGUUCUGCCGAAGUGAACACAGCCUUGGAAUAUUUUAAAAGGAAACAUUCUAGACUUUUACAUUACGUUCCUAUAUUGCUGCCUUGAAUCUAAAAGCAGCUCAGAGCUGUUGUCUCUGGGAUGUGUGUGUUCUUUUGGUCAGAAAGUUGAUAAUCUUAAAUGCUUGUUUUGCACUAUCACUUAGUACCUGUUUGACUAGGGUGUUAAGGAUAGCAUUGGCCAAUUCAAGCAGAAACUGACUCAUUGGUGAUUAAAAAUAAUCACGAUGAAUUAGAAGUAGCAGAUUAAGUAAAUGUAAGUAGAUUGUAGAUAUUGUGUUUUAUAUCGAUGUUUAUAAUGUGUAUAUAUAAUUGUUCACUGUAAAAAAAAAAUGGCCAAAAUGGUGUUUUUUUCUAAUGAGUAACUUUCCUAUAAAAUAAAUCCGUCGGUUGGACGACUGACCUC